AUGAAAGACGAUAGUGAGUUGAAGGCGAUCCUUCCAGAGCAUAACUUGGACACCGAUAUCAAAGAACAUGUGAGGUCUCGACAGGGUAAAUCUAGAACGAAAGUUCGAUUCAUAACAGUUGACUCUGAGCAACGGCUUUGUAAUGAGGACGCCGUCUUCAUCUUCGUUGAAGAUUAUACUAUCAGACAAGCUGCAGAGCACGCUGCUGCCCAUUUUUCAAAUUCAGGAACAACACCUUUUGAUGAUCUAUUUGUUUAUUUAGAGGAUGAAAAGGGGAAGAAGCUUGCAGUCAAAGAUCUCAAUGUGAACGUACACAACAUGUUUCAAAGUGACGAUACGAUGAUAGUGGCAAACCAUAAUUUGUUUGAGAGAGAGAAUUUGAAGUAUUAUUUUAUGAUGGUUAUUGCUCUCUCAUUUGGCAUCAUUAUGAUUGGUGCACUUGUCGUAGCAAUUUUAUACUUCGUUAAGUUUCUUUCUAGGUUGGCUCCUCUGUACUGA